AUGGAUGCAUCUGGCGCCGGCCCCUCCUCCAACCCCACUCCCACCAGGCCUCGUCUCACGGUGGACGUUGAGGGGCGGCCUUCACCAACCCCGCCUCCGGCGCUUCAUGCUGGGGACGCCAUCGUCGUCGACCCAAUGAGAGGGCCACGCACCGUGGAGGAAAUCUACGAGGACUUCUCUGCCCGCCGCAGCGCCCUCGUCCGAGCCCUCACCACCGGUAAAAAAGCACUGUGCUUGUACGGCCACUCGGACGGGAGCUGGGAGUUGAAGCAGCCGGAUGAGUUGGCGCCACCCGACAUGCCGGAGCCGACUCUGGGCGUCAACCUCCGGCCAGAUUACAUAAGCCCUUUUGCCUGGCUCGAGUUCAUUGCCCAACGCGCUGACUCGUGGCUCAUCAGCGUCGCAUUUUUCUUUGCCGCUUGCCUCAACGCCAAUCACAGAUGUGUGAAGAUAACUGCUUCUAAAUCAGCACAUAUCAAGGAUUACAAGUGUCCUGACUGCACCCUCGAAGAUACCAGAGAGAUGCGUUUAUUUGAUAUGAUGAACAAUUUGCCAACUGUCUAUCGAACAUUGUAUCACUUCCACAAGAUUGUUUGGCUACCUACGCCACCAUCUCCAGUUUUGAUGCAAAAUGUGUACAAUCCAAAUGAAUAUUCGGGUGCACCUGCUCAAGACAGCGUGCCACAAUCUCCAGACUUAAUGGAAAAUGUGUCCAAUCCAAACAUAAAGUCUAUAACACCUGUUGAAGAGAACAUGCCACAACUAUCUCAAGACUCCUGGCAAAACGUGUCCGAUCCAAACAAGAACUAUAGGAUGCUUGCUGAAGAAGAUGAAGAGGAUCAGGAAGUUAGCAAGCGAUACUUUUGCGGAGAGUGUGGUGCUCCGUACCAUGCCAAUGGCUUUUGGAUCUGCUGUAACGUAUGUGAUCUGUGGUUCCAUGGCAGAUGUGUGAAGAUAACUGCUUCUAAAUCAGCACAUAUCAAGGAUUACAAGUGUCCUGACUGCACCCUCGAAGAUACCAGAGAGUAG